AUGAGCCAAGAAGCGGAUUACGAGGAAUUUCUGGCCUUGCGCCGGCACGUCCGCAAGCUACAGGCCGGCACCCCGCUGCUACUGCGCACUCAGGGGGCGCAGGGCCAAGAUCUGGAUCUUCAGAUCUGCUCCUUCCAAAUCUCCCAGGACCUGCAGCUCCUCUCUUGGCGGGACUGCGAAGGGAGCGGUCCCUCCCGGCAGAUUCCGCUCAGCAAAAUCGUCGCGGUGGAAGACGCCAGCCUUUCGUCCCUGCCUGGGGCCUCCAACGGCGAGGGGCAUCAUGCGCUGCAGGUGAAGCUGCGGCAGGAGAAAGGCUCGGCCCUGCCGGCACAGAUCGAGUUGAUCUGCACCUCCAAGGAGGAUCUCGAGGCAUGGCUUCAUGGGCUGCGCUUCCUCGUGGCCGACCAGGGUGGUGAGGUGGCUAAAGCGCCGCAGGGGAAGUCCAGCGAACAAGGCAUUCAGGAGAAGCUGAGGCUGCAGGAACAGCUCUGCGAGCAGCUGCGGCAAGAGAACAGCAUGCUCCGAGACAUCGUCAAGAGAAAGGACGAAACGAUCUCGGAGCUUCUGCGCGACAGCCAAAGCAAGUCCAUCAAGACCGAGUCGACUUCGCGGGAGAGCGACGAGCACUUGCAGUACCGCGAGGUCGCCAUUCUUAGGCGGAAGAACAAGCGCCUACAGCUUGACCUGAAGUCCAAGCAGCAGACCAUCGCAGGUCUUCUGAAGCUGGUCGAGAGGUUGUCGCAGCAGGCAGAUGCCGAAACCAGUGCGCCGGAGGAGGACACGCAGGACGAGCCAGAAAUCAACCCGAAAGUUGUGGGUCCCAAGAUACAGGUGACCCAGGUAGCUGUGGACCCUGACGAGCCUCGAACGGCCGAUGAGCCGGUAGUGCAGGCCCCAUGUCCCAGCCCGCUGGAUCCAGCGCCAACUGACCUCACUCAGUUGCAGGAGGGCCCCUUUGUGGGAGAGCUGGCCGCGCUAGUCGAGAAACUGCAGGCCUUGCAGGAAGCCACGCUGACGGCCACGCAGGGAGUGGCCUCCCUUGGCAGCUUCCAGCCCCCGAGCCGUUCUGCGGCCGGGGCGCAGGCCGGGGCUCAGGCGGCCCAGGUUUCCGCCCCAGCUCCGGCCGCUCGGGGGCCGAAAAGUGCGGCCGCGCUCGAGGCUCUCAAGCGUGAGCUGGCGCUGCUGGAGGAGAAGAAGAGGGUUGUGCAGCACCUCGCCCACACCCUGGAGCCGGACGGCUCCGACUCAGAGGAUGACGCUCCAAAGGAGCCAAAGGAGCCAAAGGAGGCCUCCCGCCCGUCUCGUAACGUCCUUCUGGUUCUCAUGGCUUUCCAGGCGAUGGCGAAGGACUUCGACCUUCUCAGGUCGCAGCUCCUGGACGUGAUCAAGGCGAACCGCGCCAAGGGGGUCUCGAGCGAUGAACAUCCGUCAGUGGCUGGUGAGACCGCUCAAGACCACUGCCUGGUUGAGGGGCCAGCAGCCCUUCCACCCAUGGCCAUCUCCCUACUGGAGCAAGUCCAGGACUACAAUGCGAAUCCAGAUAGAGAGCGAUUUUCGAAGAUGGUGACUUUGGCCGAGCAGAUGGAUGCAACCUCUCUGUUGGUGUCGGCGAGGGUUCUGAUGGAGAUCUUGGUCCAAGCGAACCUUGCAGAGUCUCAUCAACGGCUGCGGGCGUUCAAGCAUGCCCUGAAAAGCUUCGUGACCAUGGACUUCCAGGACCCAGGCGACACCGCGAUCAAGACUUUUCGCGGCUGUUUUAACAAGAUGACCGCAGAGGGCAUCACCCAUGAACAGAUCCGGGAGGCUCUUGUGAACCACAAGAUCGAGCUCGUCUUGACCGCGCAUCCGACGCAGGCCCAGCGCCGGAGCAAUCUUAAGAAGCACGAGAGCAUCUCGCAGCUUCUCAAGGUGCACGAUGCCAAGGACUCCCUCACGCCCGGUGAGCAAGAAGAGCUGCGGGCCAAGAUCCAGGCUCUUCAGUGGAGCUGCUGGCGCACAAACGCAGUCCGUCGCAACCGGCCCACUGCAGAAGGUGAAGCACGCAAUGGAAUGCUGGUGAUCGAGGAUGCGGUCUGGACGGCAGUGCCGGAGCAUUACCGACGUAUCGACCGCUGCUUGAAGCACCGUGGGAUGCCAGCGCUGCCCUACGAUGCCUCGGUCAUCAAGAUGAGUACCUGGAUGGGUGGCGAUCGGGAUGGCAACCCCAAUGUCACGGCCAAGACGACUCGUCAAGUCAAUGCUCUUCUGCGGUGGCGCAUCGCCGAACUCUAUUACACUGAGGUCGAUGCCUUGCUUUUCGACUUGUCAAUGACGGGUGCCACCAGUGAGGAGCUGCAGCAGGAGUUGAAGAGUUUGGCAAGCAUGUGGCCGGAUCCCAGCUUCGACGGUGACAAGGUCUGUGUUCCAGACACUCGCUGUGGUGUCCACUUUAACUUCCACAAUGGCGUUGCUCGCGACGAGCCCUACCGCCGGAUGCUAAUGAGCGUUCGCCGCCGGCUCUUCCGCACGAAGAAAUCCAUGGAGAGCCUCUACCUGGGCAAGCCAGUGGACAAGGACUUCGAAUCAGAGAUAUACAAGAGCACCACAGAACUCGCACGGCCUCUGGAGAUUGUUUACCGAUCUCUAGUGAGCACGGGCGAUGAGGUCUUAGCCAACGGUCGCCUGUUGGAUCUAAUCCGCAGAGUUCGCACCUUCGGCGUCAGCCUGGCUUGUCUGGAUAUUCGACAGGAGUCCGACAGGCACGAGGAGGUCAUGAACGCCAUCACCCAAUACCUUGGGCUGGGGUCCUACUCGUCGUGGACGGAGCAGGCGAAGUGUGAUUGGCUUCUUGACGAGAUCCAGUCCCGGCGUCCUCUCCUGUCACCAGACAUGCCAAUGGGCGACAUUGUUCAGGAAGUCAUUGAGACGUUCCGCACGAUCGCAGACCUUCCUCCAGAGACUGUGGGUGCCUAUUGCAUUUCGAUGUCUCGCGCCACCUCAGACAUACUGGCGGUUUGCUUGCUGCAGAAGAUCGGCGGCGUGAAGCAGUUCAUGCGCAUCAGCCCCUUGUUCGAGACCAGGGAGGACCUGCAGGCAGCACCUCGUGUGAUCGAUGCACUCCUGGGCAUUCCUUGGUACAAGGACCACGUUAACGGCAAGCAGGAGGUCAUGCUGGGCUACUCCGACUCCGUGAAGGAUGCGGGGAAAUUCGCGUCCACCUGGGCCCUACAUGUCGCCAUGGAGAAGCUGGUGGAAGUCGGCCAGAAGCAUGGAGUGGAGGUCACAUUCUUCCACGGCCGCGGCGGCACGAUCAGCCGCGGGGGCGGGCCUCCUCACCUCACGCUUCUGAACCAGCCGGCGGGGUCCAUCACUCGCCACUUACGUCUCACAGUGCAAGGCGAGAUGAUUCAGCAGCACUUCAUGAACCCAGAGGUGGCAGAGCACACCAUGGAGCGAUAUGCAGUGGCGGUGCUCGAACAUAUUCUUACGCCUCCGCCUCUGCCGUCUCCGGAGCACCGGGCUGCGAUGGAAGAGUUGGCAGAUCUUUCCGCCAAGGAUUACCAGACAACCGUUUUUCGCUCGCCGGAAGAUCAAUUUGUGAAGUACUUCCAUGCUGCCACCCCUUCGGCAGAGCUAGCACAGAUGAAUAUUGGUUCAAGGCCAGCCAAGCGACGGAAUUACGGAGGAAUCGACACGCUGAGGGCAAUUCCCUGGAUCUUCGCAUGGACACAGACGCGACUUCUGCUGCCAGUGUGGUUAGGCAACGGCGCUGCCUUGGACAAGUUCAUCACAGACGGCAAGCUACAGCUCCUCCAGUCGAUGUAUUCGAAGUGGCCAUUCUUCAAAUCCAUGCUUGACCUUAUCGACAUUGAGCUAGGCAAGGCCGAUGAACAUAUUGCAGCUCACUACGACUCGAAGAUUUGCGAAGACGCGCUGAAGCCCUUGGGUCAGGAUCUCCGCCAACGAUUGGCGCAGGCAACCACUUCCGUCCUUCAGGUCAAGCAGGCGAAGGAGGUUUUAUCCGCGGAGCCGAGCACGAAGUUGGCCAUAGGAAUGCGGAGGCCGUAUCUGGAUGCAACUCACGUGAUUCAAGCUGAAGUGCUUCAGCGCUUGCGCAAAGCCGGCGAGCAGACCUCCGAGGAGCUUGCCGAUGCCAUGAUUGUGAGUAUACAGGGUAUUGCUGCAGGGAUGCAGAACACUGGGUGA